AUGGUGUCUGUUGUAUCCUUCAAUGGCAUUGAUGUGUCCGCGCUGGACGAGCGCAAGUACGAGACCUUCACUUUAAGCAACAAUUUGCAGGUAUUGAUCGUUUCUGAUCCCAAGACAGAAAAAUCCGCGGCCGCCAUGGAUGUGCACGUGGGUCACCAAAGCGAUCCUGAGGACCUUCCGGGUCUUGCGCACUUCUUGGAGCACAUGCUAUUUCUUGGUACCGCCAAAUAUCCAGACGAGAACAGCUACAAGAAGUUUUUAAGCGCCCAUAGUGGUCGUAGCAAUGCGUCUACGUCUCAAAUGCACACAAAUUUCUACUUUGACGUGCUGAGUGACCAUUUACACGAGGCUUUAGAUCGUUUUGCUCAAUUUUUCAUCGCCCCAUUGUUCACACCUGCUGCCACACAGCGAGAAAUGAAUGCCGUGAAUUCUGAAAAUGCCAAGAACUUGCAGAAUGAUCACCGACGAUUGUACCAAUUGCAGAAAUCGCUAUCGAAUCCGAGCCAUCCAUACCACAAAUUUGGCACGGGGAAUCGAGAGACUCUGGGUACAAUUCCAAGUGAAAAAGGAGUGGAUGUCCGUGCGGCAUUGCUAGAGUUUCAUACGACAUACUAUUCAGCCAGUAUCAUGAAACUUGUGAUCUAUGGUAAGGAGAGUUUGGCGACAUUAAAAAGUUGGGCUGAGCAAUUGUUUGCCGACAUCAAAAACACGGGACGGAGUUUUCCGACCUUUGGGGAGGCUGUUCCCUUUGAUGAUUCAAGACUCGCUAGAGUGGUGCACGUGGCACCCGUUAAAGACCUCCGUGUCAUUGAUAUUUCAUGGCCUCUGCCUUCACUCUAUCAAGACUUUAUGACAAAACCCACUAAAAUCUUAUCGCAUCUUAUGGGUCAUGAAGGUCCAGGCUCCAUUUUAAGUUUUUUAAAAGAACAAAAAUGGGGGAAUGGGUUAUCUGCGGGACUCUUUCGCGAUCACGAAGAUUGGGCGUUAUUUGGUGUCAAAGUAGACGUGACAAAUGCUGGUAUCGAACAUGUAAAUGAGAUUGUUGAAGUAGUGUAUCAAUAUCUUCAAAUCUUACGGGAAGAAACUCCAUUCGAACCAUGGAUCUUUCACGAGACUCAGAACUUGGCGCUACAAAGCUUUCGUUUCAAAAGCAAAGAGAAUCCUAUCAAUUACACGAGUCAUUUAGCAAAUGUCAUGCACCGCUUUCCACCCAAACUUAUUCUCUCGGGUGAUUAUCUCUUGUACGAGUAUGAUGGCAACAAGGUUCAGAAGGUGCUUGAUCUUUUGAUUCCGGAUCGAAUGCUUCUUACAAUCAUUAGUAAGACUUUUGAAGGCAAGACCCAAAGUCUAGAAAAGUGGUAUCACACACCGUACUCAGACAGUCCAAUAGCUUUUGAGUUGUUGCAACGCUGGACGUCACCUCCACCGAAUUUGAAACUUAAUUUGCCUCACCGCAAUGAGUUUAUUUGCAGCGAUUUUUCUAUUGUAACUCCCUCGCGUUCGUCUCCUGCUGUCGUAAACGGUGAGGAAGGGUGCAACGCGUGUCCGAUAUUACUGCAACACGAUGAACAUUGCCGUCUGUGGUAUCAACCAGACAUGUACUUUCGCAAGCCCAAGAUGCUGUUCCACUUCCUCUUUUAUUCACCGUCACUCUCAAAUACUCCCUUUCACACUGUGCUCACGAGUUUAUUCGUGCGAUAUUUAAAGGACAAGCUUACUGAAGUAUCAUAUGAUGCCGAACUUGCAGGAAUGGAGUACGAAAUUGGGUUUAAUUCACGUGCAUUGGAGCUGCAUUUGGGCGGAUUUUCGCACAAGCUACCCGUUUUAUUAUGCAAGGUAUUGCAGCAAAUGAUAGACAUGACAGAAACCACGUACGAAUACGAAGAAGCAGUGUUUGAUCGCGUGAAAGACCGAACGAAGCGCAUGUAUGAGAACUUUUUUCUUGAAGAACCGUACCAACGUGCUGUUCAUGUAGGGAGCCAGCUACUGGAGCUCUCGAAGUGGAGCGUGGAUGAUAAAAUCCAAGCCAUUCACCACGUCAAAUUGUCUGAUUUGGCUGCCCAUAGUCACUUUAUCUUCCACCAAGUCUUUGUUGAGGGCUUCAUGUAUGGCAAUCUACGCCAAAGCACAGCGCUUGAUCUGAUGCAAAAAGUACUACUAUCUUUUGGCUUUGACUCGAGCGAACAAACAAAAAGGCAGAGCUUUCCGCUCUAUUCGAGCCAAGAGAUAAAGCCACGGAUAGUUCGACUUGCAGAUGCAAGCGAAUAUCGAUAUCAACGUCGCGCGUGGAACGAUGCGAACGUAAAUUCGGCCAUCUGUAUACUGCACCAGAUUGAUUGUGAAGUCGAAGGCAGUACAAUGGCGCUUCGUGCUCGUCUCGAGCUCUUUGCACAUAUUUUAAAAGAACCAUGUUUUAAUCAGCUUCGAACCAAAGAGCAGCUUGGCUAUCUCGUAUUCUCUGGUAUCUUACGUACGGAAGGUGUCGAAUAUUUGCGUAUUCUUAUUCAAUCGGAUGUGGCAUCGCCACAGGUUCUAGAUCAACGCAUCGAGUCGUUUUUAGCACAAUUUCGCUCGAUUCUGGUUAAAAUGUCGUCUUUCACGUGGCAGAAACAAGUGAAUGCUGUCGUUAAAGCUCUUACAGAAAAGCCAAAGCACGAGAUGGAGGAAGCUACGCGUGCGUGGCGUGAGAUUGCUAAUGAAACGUUUGUGUUUGACCGACGUCAACGCGUGGCUGCAAUCGUGUCAACACUACAGCCACGCGAUCUUGUAUCAUUCUUUGACUUAUUCAUUGCUGUCGACGGUAAGCGACGGAGCAAACUUUGUAUCAGUCUAUAUGGUUCCAAGCAUCCACUUAUUAAGCUUUUGGGGGAUAAAAGAGUCAGCGAAAAAAUGUCAAUCGUCACGUCCACAGGUUUGACUGCAGCGAUACUGUUACAGCAGCAGAUGAAGGGUGAAAAGAUCAGAGGCGUUCACGUGAUUGACAACAUAGAAGCAUUUAAACAACAAAUGCCACUGUUUCCCGAGCGUAAGACGAAGAAACAUGCGAUAGAUUCGACAUGA